ACACAGCUCCACACACCACACACCGCCCUCGCAAUAUCCUCUGGCUGAGCUAUGCUGACUGCAUACAUUGAUUGCUUCUCUGGCGUAGCCGGAGAUAUGCUGCUGGCAGCUUUGAUAGACGCGGGUGCCCCAUUGGAAGCCAUUCGGGAGGGGCUUGGGACCAUCGCUCCAAUUAAGGGCGAGUGGGAUAUCAAUGUGCACCGCGUCACGAAAGGAAUGGGUUCCAUCGCGGCUGCCCACGUAGACGUCACCAGCAAAUAUCAACACCACCCGGUCGCCCCCCCUUCGGCUUCCCCUCAUAGCGACCACAGUCACGGCCAUAACCAUUCCCAUGGUCACUCCCACCACCAUUCUCAUGGCCAUUCUCAUGGCCAUACUGACAAUGAGCGCGACGGGCAAGCACAACAUCGGAGUGAAGUGAUGACCCCUGCAACAACCUCCCGCACAGACGGGACCGAGGCUAUUGAGGACGGCCCUGUCAGAGACUUGACCACCAUCAGGAAGAUGAUCAUGGAGUCGGGUCUGCCACCCGCGGUGAAAGAACGCAGCGUGCGGGUGUUUACUGAACUCGGUGAGGCGGAAGCGAAGACUCAUGGCUCGACCCUUGAUCAGGUUCAUUUUCACGAGGUGGGGGCAGUCGACAGCAUCAUCGACACGGUAGGGGUCGUGUACGCGCUGCACCUACUUGGCGUUGAAAAGGUCUACUGCUCAGCGCUGCCCUUUUCUGAGGGCACGGUUUGGACUGCGCACGGUGUCCUCCCUGUUCCCGCACCAGCGACGCUUCGGCUGAUGGUAGGGCUACCCACCUGCCCCGGACCAAAAAGCGCUAAAGGGGAACUAGUGACACCUACGGGGGCGGCCUUGGUUCGUGUCCUUUCCUCCGAGUUUGGGAGGCCAUCUUUGUUUACUCCUGGGGCAAUUGGCAUCGGAGCAGGCACCAAAGAUUUUGACAAGCAUCCCAACAUUUUGAGGGUGAUCCUGGGGGAGGUUCCCCCCCCGCCGCCGUCGGACGAACCACAGCCAGUUGAGCAGAUAAGGGCAUUUCCCGCAGACGGGGCGCAAGAAACGGGGAGCUGGACCAUGCGUCAGCUUUGGGUACUUGAGGCCAAUAUUGACGACAUGACCGGCGAAGCGGCGGGAUACUUAUUGGAGGUGCUGCUGGAGGCGGGCUGUCUGGAUGCCUGGCUCUGCCCAAUCUUAAUGAAGAAGGGACGCCCGGCGUUCACUGUGAGCGUUCUGUGCGAGCAGUAUGACCAAGAGCGCUUCGUGCGCCUCCUGUUCACCGAGAGCUCAACCCUGGGGGUGCGAAGACGCUCUGUAGAGCGCUGCGCGCUUCGCCGAAAGACGGUUCCAGUGUCUACCACGUUUGGCGACGUGCGAGUCAAGGUGGCCUGGCUGGAUGGCGUGGUUGUCAGUACAAAGCCCGAGUACGAAGACUGUAAGGUACUGGCCACCAACGCCGGAAUUCCUCUCCAGGCGGUAACAGACCAGGCUCGGGCGGCGGUGCAGGCUUCUCUCCCCGAGGAGCAACCGGACGUAUUGUAGACACUCCGGCUUUGUGAUUAAUCGAUUCCUUCGGGAUUCACGUGGCUCGUGGCACGGCAUUCUUAUUUUGUUAUCCAGCCUUGCACAGUCCGCCGCUGGUUCAGCUUGUGGGAUAUUUCAGAAAUGGGAAUUGAUCAAAAUCACGAAGCCUGUGUAAAAUCACCGGGUAUAGGUUCAAUUUUAUACGGUUGGGACAUGGUGCCUGUGGUACAGUGUUCAUCUUUGGAUAUUGGUGAGUAGGCCUUAGACGCCUGUUUGGUCAGUCUCCGUACAACAUGAUGCCUGCAAGCAUCUGAUGAGCACGGAAAACCAGCGAGCCUUGUGUACUCACCGACGGACUCUUAAAAUGCUACAGCAGUAGGAGACCAGGAUACAAGUCGGGCCUGGUUCGUGCAUCAAUGUGUUGUAUCCUAGAGUAUCUCAUACGAAAACGCGCGGGUCGUUCAAACGGCAGAAAUACAUGUGGUACGCAUGACAAAAGUUGCCAGGUUGAUUGAGGAUGAUAGCAAAUGCAACCCAAGAGCUAACUAAACGAGAGGGCGGAACUAUGUG